AUGUUCAGAGUCUGCAGGAGGCUAUACCACCCCAACACGCUGGAACAUGCCGUUGGCAACCGUCUACGCCCGCUGGCCUACGAGCAGGAUUCCCCGCAGUACAAGGUGCUGCAGCGCGCGCUAGAGGCGCACGUGCCGGUCCUGGGCUUCAACGAGCGCGCAAUCGUGCGCGCAGCAGGCGACCUGGGCUACGGAUCCGCGGUACUCUCGGCGCUGGCUGCGCCGAACUCGCCAGCGCUGCUCAACGUGCCCUCCGCGGUGCUGGAGCUCGUCAAGUUUCACCUGGUGACCAAGCGCGUGGCGCUCGCCGACGCGGCCGCGCAGGGCAACGUGAGCAUGGAGCAGCUGUUCCUGCAGCGCGUGGAGGCCGACCGCCCGCUGGCAGGGCAGCUGACGCAGCUGCUCUCGAUCCUGUCGCUGCCCGGCGAGUUCCUGGUGAACACCGCGAUGCCGGAGCUGUUCCGCCUGAGCGACGACCUCAUCUACUACUCCGGCGAGAAAGACCACCCCGACCUUGCCUGGUACUCCAAGCGCGCCGCCGUCGCCAUGGCGUACGUCUCCACAAACCUGUUCAUGGCGCGCGACCGCUCCCCUGCGCUCGAGGAAACGCUGCACUUUGCCCGCCGCCGCCUGCAGCAGGUCGAUAGCCUGGGCACCGCCUACAACAAUGUCGAGGAGUUCGCGUGGUAUCAGCUUCUCAUGGCCAUGAACCUGGUCAAAUCCCAGCUGACGCGCGGCUAG